CGAGCACCAGCCCAGCUCUACCUCAUUCUUGGCGCCUGCUACGGUUUGCUCUGCCCCUUCCCCACCAGUCCACCGCCACCAUGGCUGGGGGCAUCCAGGCCCCUUUCUUCCUCCUGCUGCUACUAGUGCUUUCCACAGUCCAGAAGGGCACCUCUGUUAUUGCGACUACAACCCCUAUUGGCAAGAAUACUCAAUCAUCAACGCCCAGCCAGCAGUCUGCGACCCCUAGCACCCUUGCCAGUGCUAGCAGCACCGUUGCCAGCAGCACAGUAUUUCCUCAUGUCUCCUCCAGUCAGAAUUCUCCCCAGGCUGUUCAGGUCUCCUUCUUCUUCCUGUCUUUUUAUAUUUUAAACCACCAGUUUAAUUCUUCCCUGGAAGAUCCUAGAAGCAAGUAUUACCAAGAGCUGAAAAGCAACAUUUCUGAACUGUUUUCGCGGAUUUUUAACGGAAAUUUUCUGGGCUUCUCUGGCAUCAAGUUCAGGCCAGGAUCGGUGGUGGUGGAAUCUACUCUGGUCUUCCGGGAGGGUACCAUCAGUGCUGACGAGGUGCAGUCACAGGUUAUUAAGCACAGCAACGAUCCCAGCUAUGGACUGAUCAUCUCAAAAGUCAGUGCACGUGAAGUGCUGGCUCCUUCCUCUGCUCAGUCUCGGUCUGGUGUACCAGGCUGGGGCAUUGCCUUGCUGGUACUGGUCUGUGUUUUGGUCACACUAGCCAUCAUCUAUCUCCUUCUCCUGGCUCUGUUUCGGUGCCGGAGAAAGAACUAUGGGCAGCUGGACCUCUUUCCAGCCCGAGACACCUACCAUCCUAUGAGUGAAUACCCUACUUACCACACCCAUGGGCGUUACGUAGCCCCUGGCAAUUCCAAACGUAGCCCCUAUGAAGAGGUUUCUGCAGGGAAUGGUGGCGGCCUCUCUUACACAAACCCAGCAGUGUCAGCCACUUCUGCCGACUUAUAGGGGGCAGUUCACUCACGUGAGGGUCAGCAGUGCUGGUCCCCUUCCUCAGGUUCUUCACUGCCAGAAACCCUCUACAGACCGUUCAGACCUGGGCUGGUGAACUGGGAAUUCUGGUGGGCCACUUAACAGCCUCCUCCAGAGGAGGCUUUGCCCACAUCCUUUACCUAUGGUAGCCCAGUGAAGCCCAGUCCUGCCCCAGGGGGGACAUACCUGGGACAAUGUGGGGAGCCCUGGUGGCUCCCAGCAGGAUUGGCCUAGAAAGCCUUGAGAUGGGGGUGGGAACCAAACAUGGCUGAAUAAAAUGUGGUCUCUCCUCUUGUGCUAA